AUUGCUCAACACACAAAUCGCAAACAUAACAGUUGGCACUUUUUUUCAAAAAUCGGUCCGUCACUCGAUUUCACCUGCACUCGAGACUUCUUUUACUCUGUACAAUUGGCAACUAUUACACUAUUUACUAAUUACAAACAGCAAUUGGCAGACAGUCGAAUCGAGUCGUUAAUUUUUUUCAAAAAUAUAAAAACCGACCACUUUUUGGAAUUCGCCACUAAAAUGAAAUUCAACGUAUUCACCGCGUUAACGCUGUGCACGAUGGCGGCCGCUGUCUCGGCUUGUAAGUACACAGUCGACUCGUACACCACCACAGACGCCAUUAUCGUCAACGAGGCGGCCUUCAUCGCGCAGAUCAGCGCCGACUGUCAAGAUCCGCCGUCCAGCUUGUACGCUGAAGUCGAAGGCAAAUUGGUGGUUGCCGCCAAUGCCGGUCCGAACCGCUAUCAGGUGAGUUGGCUGGACGACUUCAAGAAAGCCCGGCGCGGUGAUUAUGCCGUCAAGCUGUACGACGAAGCAGGCUACGGACAGUUGAGAAAGCUGUUGCGCGACGGUGAAUCCACCAGCGGCGUCACACCAGUGUACACCGCCUACGUCAGAUAUCCGGGUGCGUACAAGGGAGUGUGGGUAAACUCCGAAUUCAUGGCGGCCAUCGUUAGCUUCGUCGUAUUAUAUUUCGCAUACACGUUCAAGUCGAAAAUUGUUUCCUAAAUGUAAAUAAUAUUAUGUUUUAAAAAAAAAAAUUGUGUAAUACGUAUCGUUCCAAAGUCUGACUAAAUUUUUUUU